CCGAACUGCAGCGUCAAUGGGUACUCCCGUUGUGUCGUCACCGGAAGCGCUGUCCAGCACAGUGGAGAAGACGCCGAACUGCAGCGUCAAUGGGGUACUCCGAUCAAUGCUUGGAAACGUCACAACAGGUCAGGACCAUGACUACUAUUUCCGGAUCAUAGUUCAUCCAUGUUAUCUCACGUGAUAAUCGAAUGAGAAGGUGACGUGCGUUGCAAGAGAAAGCUGGUACAUUCUGCUCAGUUGAAAUGACGUCAAAACGAGGUCAUAUUACACAUGUUAUAUUUGACGUGGAUGGCCUAUUAUUAGACACAGAGAAGAUCUAUUUUGAAGUUUAUUCAUCAAUAGUUGCCAAAUAUGGAAAAUCUUAUGACUGGUCAAUUAAACCAAAGAUAAUGGGAAUGAAAGAAGAAUCAGCAGCACAAAUGAUAAUAGACCUGCUAGAUUUACCUCUACAACCUUCUCAAUUACUUCGAGAAGCUGCUAAUGAACUUGACAAAAUAUUUCCAUUUUGCAAUCUUAAGCCAGGUGCUGAAUCAUUGGUUAGACAUCUACAUAGAGAAGGAAUACCCAUUGCAGUAUCAACAGGAUCCUCUGCAUAUCACUUCAACUUGAAGACACAGACCAAACACAAGGAAAUGUUCAAACUAUUUCAUCACAUAGUUUGCUGUAGUUCAGACUCAGAUAUCAAACAUGGUAAACCUGCACCUGACGCUUACACUGUGGCUGCAAAUAGAUUUGAUGGUGGUUCACCUAAUCCACAAAAUGUGUUAGUAUUUGAAGAUGCGCCAAAUGGUGUUCUUUCUGGACUAGCUGCCAAUAUGAAGACUGUAUUUAUUCCAGAUCCUAGGCUUGAUAAAUCAUUUUAUCCAAGUGGUUCUUAUCAGUUACUCACUUCAUUGGAGCAAUUUGUACCUGAAGAAUGGGGUUUACCGGCAUAUAAACAGUAAUGUUGUGCAGAUGGCUACAUCUUACAACAAAAAUUAUUCAAAAAUGGCACAAUAUUUAUUGGUUUCUUGCAGUUCUAAGGUAUCAUGUGUGUUUCAGUGCUAUAUUUUGAGAAUAUUGGCCAAAUAUAAUUCAAAACAGUUUUAAAGAACAUGAAAUCAGAUUUUUUUAAAUAGUUCGUGAUCUAUAAUUUGUUUGCCUUAUGUCACCAGCUAACAAUACAUGAUAUGACAUAUCUCUAUCACAGGAACAUUGCCUUAUGUCACCAGCUAACAAUACAGGAUAUGACAUAUCUCUAUCACAGGAACAUUGCCUUAUGUCACCAGCUAAUAAUACAGGAUAUGACAUAUCUCUAUCACAGGAACAUUGCCUUAUGUCACCAGCUAACAAUACAGGAUAUGACAUAUCUCUAUCACAGGAACAUUGCCUUAUGUCACCAGCUAACAAUACAGGAUAUGACAUAUCUCUAUCACAGGAACAUUGCCUUAUGUCACCAGCUAACAAUACAGGAUAUGACAUAUCUCUAUCACA